AGGAGGAGGAGGAUGGGUCACUGCUGAUGCUGAUGCGAGAGCUUUUCUUGACUGUGAUCAACAGCGGUGGACUAACUGCAACACGAUGGAGUCUGCCGAUCGAAUCUAAUACCACGUACGCCACCUAAAGGGUGCGGACGAUAUGAGACAGGUGCGUUUUUGAGAAGAGGAUAACGGAGGAAUUUUGACGUCUCGUGUCGUCCCCCGUCUGGCCUGUCCUGUCACUGACACAGGUGGAUUAUAUGCCGGAAAGCGGCACCGAAAUGAGGACACAACACUGGACAGCCACGGAAGCGACUGUCCGUGUAAAUACAUCUUAAGCGGCGAAGCACUGACGUUAACGCUCGGUUUAAUUUGACUGGAAAAGGGGAGGGGGUGUUAGCUAGCUAAUAGGCUAAUUUCGCUAGCUAGCCUGUUAGCAGACUCCCCUAACAGGCUAAUGAUACGGGAGAAGUGGGAUGCUCAAAGGAGGAGCUAACCUCGGUUGCUGGCCUUAAUUUAAUUCGAGGAGACACAUUUGGUGAUAUUUUAAGUAACCGCACUGCGAGAAGAGAAUAAACAUUCAUGUUACAGCCGCGGAGGUGGACGUUUCACAGCACAUUGGGUUUUCCUCGCCUCGUCAAAUUAACUCGCCGCGGAUGAGAUGGGGAUAAUCGGCUAAGGAAGCUAAUGUUGACAAACACCGGCGACUUAAACUCUUUAAUUUGUGCCGUUUUAAAUUUGGAUUAAGUGGCGGAGGGGCCGCCGUCCGUGAUUGUCAGUUCAGUUCUGGGAUUUUAUUUCGAUGAUUUGCCCAACAGUCAGGCUGGAGUGAAGCAUGUUAUUGACACUGGAUGUGGCGAAGCUCAAACAUUUGACAUCAACCGGGAGUGGAUCUGCCAUGACGGAGAGGGACAUAGUGAGUCACAACACAUUUACAUCACUCCGAUGCAUCAUUUACGAACGAAUUCAUCUGACUUUUAGUGUUUAGACGUGAUUUUGGACAUGUGGAAGGCAACCACUGAGGUCAAAAGAACAAAUACAACGUGUUAAUUGGAGUUGGUAGCGUCUCUAUCAGAAAAUAUACCUUAAUGUUGUCAAAUUUCAGCCUGUUUUAGAAUCAGUGCUUUAAAAAUGCCUGUAGUAUUUACACACAUUCAUUUUAGGAUUCCACCAAAAAGGUGUAGUGCCAUUUAACAACAUGGCAUUAAAAGUGAAGCGCUGGGUCUUGACAACAGCCGUGAGAUAAGACAUCAUCAUCAUCAUUUUUCUCAAAAGUUCAUACCAGGGACAGAUGGAGCCGACAGUUCUGUCUGGCCCUUUGGGGCACACUCAGUGGGAGACAGAGCAGACAUUUCCUCUUGGAUUUCACACCCUGGAUUCAGACAACAGAGGUGUUCUCUGUCAAAACAAGAGUGGCCAGACAGGUUUGGAUUUUAGAGACAGUGACCGGGAGCAAACAUCCCAUCAGAGUGAGGAGGCAAAGGUUUCUCAGGACAACCCAGUUGAGUUGGGCAACUUCAUGAAUAUCUCUGAUUUCUCCCAUGGAUUUUUCCAGUUUGACGCUGACCAGCCCACACUUUCUAAAGCUUCUCUCGACAGUACUCAUCUAGAGGAGUUGUCUUACAUAGAAAAAACUGCUGAAUCUGAUGAAAUCAGUGACUGUACCUUAUCGUGGUUAUUUUCUCCCAACCUCACUCCUGUGGUUGAAAAUAACUCAGAUUUGACACAGGAUGAACUGUUUCAGGGCUCAAAUGCCACAACUGGUGACGGUGACCUAAUAAGCCUCAGUGAACCUGCCUCACCAUCCAAGGUUUCCGUACAGAAUCCCGAGACCAACACGGGGGAUUCUCUUUUGUUGCUAGAUCUCCUUUCUAAUGAACCCACUUGUCUCCCCACUGAGUCUUCAGGUGAGUUGGACCCACAGGGUGUCACUGAGGAGCUGGUAGAUCUGUCACAAGUGGAGCAGGUAUGCCUCCCUCCCUCGCAGAGCAGGGACACAUGGUCACCUGAAACCAGAGACAAAGGUUUAUUCCCUGAUCAAGUGACUGACCUGCUUGUAACCAGUAGCACUACUGUGCAAAGUUUGCCUGAGAGCUGCUUCAAAGAAAACCACAUGAGCACACCACUGGAGUGUUUCGCAGGAUGUGUGCCUUUGUUGGAUUUUGAGGUUCCAGAUUGUGACAGCAGUCCGAGCCUGUGCCCAGCCAGUCCUGCCUCUGUGGACUCCACAGUUACAUCUUUACAUUUAUCAAAAGAGGAAUCAGAGGUGGAACAAGCAGAGGGUGGUGUCAGUAGAAAUCUGACAUCUGAGCAUCAAGGUGAGAAUGACUCAUUUGCUCUGGUUUUGUCUGCUGAACCCUCGUCACUGACUGUGUCUCUGGCUGAAGAUGUGUUUAUUCAGGGUGAUCUCAGCAGUGAGUGUUACUCUGUGGAGAAUGUGUCUAAGGAUUUGAUGGAGGACAGAAUUGGUUCAGAAGCAACACAUCAGGAGAAUGAGGCGAUGGCUUUGGAUUUGGGCUUCACUGCUGAUGAGGUCAAUGACGAGGGAACCUGGGACUUGAAGCCACAGGAGGAUUUAGAAAGUGGAAGUGUUCCUGAUUCAGCAGCUGAACAGAGGGAGGAGGACAGCAGUGUGAACGAUACUAACCAGCGCGAUGGAUCAGACUGUCAUGAAAUAACCUCUUUUGAAUUUUCAGUUCAUGACUUAAACAGUUCUCCGCAGGCUGGAUGGACUAGUGAGCAAAAUGUGGAGACACUCUCUCUCUCUAAGAUGGUGGUAGAUGACUCACUGCCAAUGGUUUCAGCAGAGAAUACAAGAGAGGAAGAUGUCUCCCCACUAAAAGCCGUAUUCGACGCUUUAGACCAAGAUGGAGAUGGCUUUGUUCGGAUUGAGGAGUUUAUGGAGUUUGCUGCUGCCUAUGGAGCCGAUCAGGUAAAGGAUCUGACCAAGUUUCUGGAUCCCAGUGGCCUGGGCGUGAUCAGCUUUGAAGACUUCCACCGGGGAAUUUCUGCAAUCAGCAAUGGAGGUCCGGAGCCACAGCUCUACAGUGUGAACUACAGUCCAGGGGAUGGAGCCGUGGGCUGUCCCGAGGAAUACGACGAGCAAAAUGAGGUGACUGACAGCGCGUACCUGGGCUCUGAGAGCACGUACAGUGAGUGCGAGACCUUCACCGAUGAGGACACGGGGGCACUCGUACCCCCCGAGAUGCACGAGGACGUGGAGACGGACAGCGGCAUUGAAGCCACGCUACACGACCCCGAGGACGGUGGAAAUAGGUUUUCCCUGAACUCUGAGCUCCACAACCACUCCCUGGUGACAGUCAUCGGAGGAGAGGAGGAGCACUUUGAGGAUUUUGGUGAAAGUAACACAUCGGAGUUGCUGCUGGAGAGCAGCGUGGAUGGGACGGAGGGGGAGGGCGACUCCCCUGUCGUGCAGCCCCUGGAGCAGGUCAAUGGCUCCUCGCUUCUGUCUCCCAGCACACCUGCUCCUCUCCCUGACCGCUUUCAGAGCUUCCUCAGGGAGGAGGCGCUGGACUUUUUCUGUAGCCAGUGUCACAAACAAAUAAGUCGUCUGGAGGACCUCUCCACUCGUCUCAAUUUCCUAGAGAUGACUAGUGCUGGCAAGAGGCUGUCCAGCAAGAAAGUAGCAAGACAUCUCCUGCAGAACAGCUCGAUGACUCUGGACACCAUGAGCGACCUAACGCGGGACAUCUUGGAGAUGGCUGACAAUGACAUCACAGACAAGGUGCUCCUCCUUGAGCGUCGAGUGGCAGAGCUGGAGAAGGAGUCCGAGGCCUCGGGAGAGCAGCAUUCGCGCCUGCGCCAGGAGAACCUUCACCUGGUGCACCGGGCCAAUGCCCUGGAGGAGCAGCUGAAGGAGCAGGAGGUCCACACGGAUGAACAGCUGCAGCAGGAGACGCGGCGCCACAAGGAGGCCGUGAGCAAACUGGAGAGGGAGAGAGGAAUGGAGCUGGAAUACCUGCAGGCCAGGCUGCAGCAGCUGGACGAGGAGAACAGCGAGCUCCGGUCCUGUGUUCCUUGUCUACGAGCAAACAUCGAGAGAUUAGAGGAGGAAAAGAGGAAGCUGCAAGAUGAGACAGAGGCCAUGUGUGACAGGCUAAAGGACGAGACGGAGUCCCGCAGGAAGAUGAGUGACAAGCUGAGCCACGAGCGCCACCAAAGCCAGAAGGAGAAGGAGUGCAUGCAGGAGCUCAUUGAAGACCUACGUAAACAGCUUGAGCACCUACAGCUGUACAAGUUGGAGGCGGAGUCGAAGAGAGGGCGCACACCCGGAGCGGGACUGCAGGAGUAUCAGGCCCGCACGCGUGAGGCCGAGCUGGAGCAGGAGAUCAGGCGACUCAAACAGGACAACCGCAGUCUGAAAGAGCAGAACGACGAGUUAAACGGGCAGAUUAUCAACCUGAGCAUCCAGGGAGCCAAGAGCCUGAUGUCGGCCCCUUUCUCUGACUCCCUGGCAGCUGAGAUCAACUCUGUGUCUCGCACAGAGCUCAUGGAGGCGGUCCACAAACAGGAGGAGAUCAACUACAGACUCCAGGACUACAUUGACAAAAUCAUUGUGGCCAUCAUGGAGUCCAACCCCUCCAUUCUCGAGGUCAAAUAGACGCCGUUCAGCCAGGCUGGAGACAUAGACUGGAGAAAACUAACCAGAGACCAUGUAAAAAAAAACACAACAAAUCAAAUCAAAACAUCAACAACGCACCCAAAAUCUUCCACCAAACACUCGAAACAAAAAUGAACUCCGUGGACGUCAGUGAAACAUAAGCUAUAUUCAGUUGGGGAUCCCUCAAGUGUGUUCUUGCUUGUUAGGGUUGUGUGUGUGUGUGUGCGUGUGUGUGUGUGUGUGCCCUCCUUAAAACACUUGGGUUCUGGUGACUCCCAUGUAUUUGGCCAGAGGAACCUGAGAAUGAAUGUGAACAAGUGGUCAGAGUAGAAACCUCCAAUUAAAAACAGCGUCAACACAACAAUGAUUCAGUGAACAGUUCUACCUUAAAAGGCCUUAAAUGAAAGGUGAUCAAAGGCUACAUUCAUUAUUUCUGCGUGUGCUGCGGCUCCUGAUCCAAGCUGAGACAAAGCCGUAUGAAGUCAGGAGUCAGGAGUCGUCUUUAAAGAGUUCAAGUCUUGCUGUGCUGCCUCACAGUCCCUAUAAUUACACUGUGCCCUGUUUUUCCCAGUGAACCCAAGUGAGGGACGUUUCUCGGGGCUUUUAAGAAAUGCCCGGAGGGUAAAUUGUGCGUUUGAGCGUUUGUUUGUGUUUUUUAUUAUUUGACACUAAAUGUCAGAAAUGUAGGCGCCUGGUCUGGUUCAUAAUGUGCUUCAUCUCAUUUAUUUUUACAAUGAAACAGGGUCCCAGAGCUCAGGUGGGCCGGGUUAGCAUCGUCCCCGGGCUGUAACUGACAAAGUACACUGUGUAUGUGCGCCUCGUCGCUCUGUAAACACUUGAAUUAGGCAUGAAGGGAAACUGGCGAGCGAUGGCGGGAAAAGCUCGGCCCACCUGACCCCUAGUGUUCUCUUGCUGAGUGAAAGUGACGGAGAGCAAAGCUGAUUCAGGUGAUCAAUGUUUGUUUGUUUGUUUGUUUGUUUGUUUGUUUCUUUGCUGCCGGUAACAGUGGAGUUUAUGACUGAAGAAACGCUGACAUUUGGGAGGUUGUUUGUGAAGAAUCAAAUGGUUGGUUGUACUUUGCACUACAUUUUUUUGUUGUUGUUCAUAAAACUGUUUUAUUAUGAAGGGAUCAAAUGUAAAAAAAAAUGGAAUAUAUUUUAAGGCCCCGUAUGAAGAUGAAAGUAUAUCAGAUUUGUUGCUACAGACUCCAUAUGUACAGAGAAAAAAACAAACACUGUUUCCAUAAUAAUGCCAUAUAGCGAUGAGAAGUUUCAUGAGACCACGAGUUUUGAGCUCAGUUUUAUUGUUUUCCAGACCUGAGCUGCAAUAUUGAGGACAGGCAGACGUUUGGCAGCAAUAAUGCUCGACAAGAAAGUGGACACUGGCAGGAAGUAGGUCUUUAUUUCCUCUCCUUAAGAAACAUCUGCAUUGUCAAAGACUGAUGCUGUGUAUCGGUGCUAUGCAGCCUCAGUACUUUUUGGACACGUCUUUCUGAGGGAAAAUGGACACCAGUUGUUUUUUUGGCAUUUUUCACCCUGUGAAAUCAUAUAUCUCACUUCUCUUCUUCACUCCAUGGGGAAAAAUGGCCUUGGAUGUAAAUGACUUGUACAUGUAAAAGUUUUUCUACACUCACUCUAGAUUCUAGGUAUUUUUAUAGCGAGGAAAGAAAAAGAUUUCUUUUUCUUGUCUUAUGCUGAGAGGUGGCGGUCGGAUGUAUUCUUCUCGAGCAUGUAGCGUGUACAGUAUCUGUUCUUUUUUCUCUUUUAUUUCUUGUUUUGAAAUCACAUGCAGAUAUUUAUUCGUCAUUCAACACAAAAAACUUCACACUUUGGUGAUUCGUUCUACCUGAAAAAUGGAUUUGUACAUUUUUUUGAAUUCCACGAGGGGAGAGAGGGAGACCGAGAGAGAGAGAGAGCACGAGUUCACAGUGAGAGAGUUGAUUGAAUGAAGAGACGGAAAUGGUCACUCUCGAGGCGCUCACACUUUUCCACGACGCGGACGCGACCGAGCCUCUUCAGGGUCGUGACCUCAGAUAUGUGGCAGAUUUUUGCAUUUUAUACCGUUGUCUUCCCGGGAGUCAGGUACUGCAUGGAAAUAGAUUAUUAUUAUUAUUACUAUUAUUGUUCUUCUCUGAUUCAGAUCUUUGGCCUGUUUUAACUGAUAAAUUGAUUGAUUGCUUUAAAAUCCAUCAGUUGUGCAUUGUUACAUGUAAUAAUGUACAACAAGGAGAACCUCAUAUCCAGGUUUGCUUAUUAGUUCAGCAUCCUGCCUUUUAGUAGAACUGGAAAUUUGCUCCUGAAAACCCCAGCAGAUUAGAUUAGAUUAGAUUAGAGGUAAUCCUCUCCCUGGUCCAUGUUAUUGUCAGCUUUUAGACAGAUGAGGACUAACACAUGAGAGAGCACAGAGCUAAACACACAUUCCCUUCUAGCGGGGCUGAAGGUGAUUGCACUAACCAGAUCCACUUUCAAAAAUGACCAAAGACAAGUGUUAAUAAUACUAAUGCUGAUUUUAUCCGUCAGGGGUCCAUCAUCACACUUUUCUAGGAGCAUGUUCCUGUUCAAAAACCACAAAAUCACAAAAUUGACUCUCAAAAAGACUCCCAUCGUUCCCUAAACGGAAAAAAAGGAGGAAACUUGCCUGCUAGUCCAAACACUGUGCCUCUGUGUCUCAAAAUUACCUGAUGAUGAGCCCUUACAACAGCACUGACCAUGUGACUGUCAGUUUGUUUAAAUUAUAACAAUGAAGACUAAACUGUAAAUAUAAAUAAUUUAGUGUACUUUUUCUUUCUUUUCCCCCCCUCCUCUCUCUCACGGUCACUUCCGCGGUGUGUCCAAAGAAAGUUUGCUCAAGGCACAGACGUCACUACUCGAGUAGUGCAUGGCUUUGCCGUCGCGUGACAUGGGAAGAUCGAAAGAGAACAUUGUAGAAAAGAGACGUAUAAGAGUUUAAAUUAAUUCCUAUUUUCAGAGAUAAAUGUAUAAAUUAUAAUGGUAUUGUUUACAGCUGUAUAUUAUUUUUUGGAAAAUCCCCUAAUGACCUAAUCAUAAUUGAUAUCUGGGGAAAAUAGAACUUCAGUCACUGUAAAAAAGAGAACAUUUAAAGGUAAGCGGUGAAAUCAAGAUUAGAAAAAUAAAUGGAAAUUAAAAAGGA